GCGUAGAGGCAGCAGUGCCUUGGCGUUGCCGUUGCCGAGGUAACCCAAACCUGCGAACGCCGGCCAUGGCCUCCGGGGCUAGCGGAAGCUGGGGUUUUGUGCCCCCACAGAGUGCAGCCCCGACGCCCUCGGUGACCAUCCUGCAGCCGCUCCCAUGGGCCGUCUCUGCCCCAGCCCCGCAGCCAGGCCGGGUGAAGGAAGACCUGCUGGAGUUGAUGUCACUGCAGAACGCGCAGAUGCACCAGUUGCUGCUGAGUGGUCUGGUGGCCAGGGCCCUGAACCCUGAGAACGACCCUCCGGGUGUGCAGGUCUACCUGGAGGGGCAACAGGAAGAGCCAGAGAAGAUGUACAUCCGGGAGGAUGUGCCUUUAGUGUUCCAUCACCACUACCUGCCUUACCCGGUGCCCUCUCUGGGCCCCUGGCCCCUCUGGCCAGCCCCUUUCUUUCCCUCUCCCUUGAGCCAACCCUACUCACAGGCCACGCCCAGGACCCAGCACCAGCCUCCUGCCUCUGGGAAAAGGGAGGUGAGGGCUGUGCCCCCACCCCCACCCCCCAGUGCUACAGAGACUGUGGGUGCAGAUGUACCUCCAGCUUCAGACUACUAUGAUGUUGAGAGCCUGCUCUGAGAAUGGACGCUUGCAAGGGUCCUCGCCAGCUUCGGUGCAGGGCUAAGAACAGCCCUGUGGUCUCCACUUGCUCACUAUUGUCCGCUGACUGCAGCCAUCCCGGCAGCCCUCUCCUCUGGGGCUGGGAGAUCCACCCCUGUCCACUCUACUGCCAUCCUCAACUGGCCUAGAAGACAGCCUUCGAGCCCAGGCCCAGAAGCCACAUGAGCCCAACUCUGGCCCAUGGUUUCCUGCCUGGACCGGAGCAUUGCCCCAGCCCACCUCUGUCCCCCUGUCUCCUUGGAUAACAAAGGCUAUAGGGUCACCGGCUCAGUUAAGAAUGGGGCAGAAGCUGAGAGGAAAAGACUGCUGCUGUUUCCCAAGCUCCUUGAAGCUCCUCCUAUCUGGAGGACAGCCUGGAGCUGAGGCAGUGCCCUUAGGAUCCACCAUCAGCCCAGGAAAUUAACCUUGGCCGCCAGAAGAGUACUGGCCAUGUCCUACUCCUCUCCCGGGAGUACCCUAAGGUCCCACGGGGCCAGGUGGGAACUGAGUGUCCUUUGCCCCCAGGCCAGGGUGUUUCCUUGCCUUGUUUUCCUUGUUUUCUCAGUAGGAGUUAGUCACCCAGGCCAGAUGAGAGAGGUCAUCUGGUGCCUGGGCUGCCCAGCGAUGGGCUUUUGGGUUCUGGUCUGGCUGCGUCCCUGGAAGGCCCCUGAGAAGGAGAGGGCAGGAAGGAGGACACCUCUGGAGAGAGAAGGCCGGGCCAGUUCUUCCCCUUUCCCAGCCGCUGACUGUUAUCCCAGGAGCAGAUGUGGAGGACACCAGGUUAAGUCCAGGUGUUUGUAUUCAGGCUAGAAA